AUGAAAAGACUUUCCAACCUGAAGCCCAUUCAUAAAAAGCAACCCAUUUGUCAUGAUGAAAACGGACUUCCAAGGCGACUGCGUACCGCAUACACAAACACUCAACUUUUAGAACUAGAAAAAGAAUUUCAUUUCAACAAGUACCUGUGUAGACCAAGAAGAAUUGAAAUAGCAGCUUCGUUAGAUCUUACAGAACGACAGGUAAAAGUGUGGUUCCAAAAUCGUCGAAUGAAGCAUAAAAGACAAAGUCUUGGUAAGCAAGAUGGAGAUGGUGACGAUAAAGACUCGGUCACAAGUGAAGGGGGUAAAAGUGCAAAAUUAUCUGAUAAGUUUUUGGAUGAUGAAAUGUCCAAGAAAAGUUGCCAGGGGUGCGAAAUGCCUUCAGCAGGUUUAUGUGGGGUGGCUCCAGAAGAAGUUCCUGACAUAACAUCAUCCAGAGUCAACAAUAACAAUACACCAAGUGCUACAAAUAAUAAUACAGGGGCAUUUAGUAGCGGCAAUUCAACUGGUUCUAGUAGCAUCGGCAGUGCUGGAUCAUUUGACAAAUUAUUAGAAGAAGAUUCCCGAUCCAAUGAAGAAUGUGGAGGUCCAGGACCUGGUGGAGGAUCCAAAUCGAAAAAAGGUAGCGGAACUCCAAGUACAGCUAACAUUAAGGUUGAAAAUAGAAGAAAUUCUCCAAAUUCUUGUGAUAGAAAAGUCAGUUUAGGCAAAAUAUCUCCAAGCAGUAGUAAAGACGCUUUAAAUCCAGUAGAUAGUAGUGGUAGUUGUUCGCCUUCGAUUAAUACAAAAAUGUCACCUAAAAACCCACCGAUUGUUCAUGGAACUUCUCCCAACGUGCAGCACACUAAUAAUUCAUUAGGUAUGUCUCCAAGCAUGAUGUACUCUCCCCAUAUACAAAGAUCCUCGCCUACAACAGCUACAGCUAUAGCGUCAGCUACAAUAACCAUCCAAAAUAUGCCUUCCAAUUCGAUACCAGCGUUUGCGAGCAGGGGGGUUGUACCUUUUGGAAAUACUCAGUACCAAGUUAAUACGCAUACUCAAGUGGAUUAUGGCAAAACCAAGAGCACCUAUGGAAUGGGACAGCAAAUGUAUUCUGACGGCAUGUAUAAUCCAGAUCACCCAACAAUGCAAGAAACACCGCCUUACAGCCGAACAACUCCGCUUUCAAGAACGAGCCGUAGAAAUCAAAAUUUCCAUCAAAGUUAUUCGCAACAGCACGCAGCCUACAAUUACGCAUAUAACAAGUCUCAUGGGACUGAAAACUAUCCUGUAGCAACUGGCCAGAACAGCUACAGUCAAGCGUACCAUCCAACAGAACAUGGAGGCUACAAUCAUUAUCCUUAUACUGGUAACAACAUGUACAAUUCCGAAGGCACUGAGAAUAUGCAAUCACAUAUGCCCAACAGCAUGGGUUAUUAUGAAUCAACUUACCCCAGCAGCACUCAAGUGCCUCACAACGGUGACUCUUCUUACACAAUGACCUCAGAAGUGUUUGCAGGCUCCAACAGCACUCCAGCAGGAGUAAUGACGCCACCUUCUAGCGUUCCAACAGAAAACAGCGAGGGCUACAAUAAUUUCCAUCAAUACUACAGCGCUGAAAACGCUCCUCCGGCUAACCAACAAGUAGCUCAACCCCAAAACAGCAACGGUUCUUCAGAUUUCAAUUUUUUAAGUAACUUGGCUAAUGAUUAUAUACCCGAGUACUACCAGAUCUGAUGUAAUAAUAAUAAUAAUAGUGCAAUCGAAGCAUUCUCGCAUGAAUGUCAUUGUUAAAUUUUUUUGUUGUUGAUUUAUAGGGUCCUUUUUGUUUGUAAAAUUGUUAAAAAUCCUUCUUACAGUGUGCAUGUAAAUAGCACAAAUUUAGACAAUCCGAAAAUGUUUGUUUAUAUGUAAAUAGAACAAUCAGUGCUUAACAAUCAGAUAAAUAAGAAAUAUCAAGGAAACUAUUUUAAUUUCUUCUAAGAGUUUUAAUUAUUGACUCCUCACUAUUGUAUGCUGAUAAUUUAUUGAAUUACCCAAGCAAGUUCUGUCGUUCACCAUUCCGUCAGGUCACAUUUUAGCAAAGGGGUUUCAAUACAAAUACAAAAUGUUACACACAUCUAAGUUAUAAGAGUUAUAUCAAAAAUCAUGUAAAUAUUUUAGGUUGAAUAUUAUUAUUGUAUACGGCCUGAUCCAAUGACACACAUUCAUUCGUAUUUCUAGCAUUUUAAUUCAUAAAUAUAUGACUUUAGCUUUAAAGUUUUGUUUUAUUUUAAAGAAUUUAUGCAUGAUGGAACAGGACCAAUCACAAAUCGAGGAAAAUACAGACACACCAGCUAUUUAGAGAAGCCAAAAGAAAAUUUUAAAUGAUAAAUAAAGCUUCAUUCAAAUCAUCUCUGAUGUACAAAAUAAAACCUACUAUUGCUAGGCAUAAUAAAAAAAUCAAAUUAUAAUAUCAUAUAAAGUUAACUAAUGAAGGAAAGUUACUUAAUUUAAGGAUUUGCCACAUUAGGUGAAGAACUCCUAUCCCUAAAAUCACUAGACUCCUCCAAAAACCGAUCCAUAAAGUCAGUGACUCCUGGAUGCAGGACAUAUUUCUUCUUCUCAAGUCUUAUCUUAUUAGCAAACAUAUCGUGCCUCUCGCUCUUCUUCCACAAAUAAUAAAAUUGCACCAAUUCCCCCACUGACCUUGUUCUGACUUUGUUUUGCUGAGUCAUCCAAAAGUUUUUACCAAAAAGCCUUAUGCCAGCUUCGAAGUUUCUGCAUUCCUCUUCUGACCAAUUUUGCAUGGCUUCUUCUUCAUAUAGGUGUUUGUUGACUUGAAGUCUUCUUAAAGCUUCUUCAGUAUUGUGGCCACACUGUUGAAGCAAGUGUAAAGCUGGUUCAUUAUCUCUUAAAUGUUUGCCCAUUGGAAGAGAUGAUUUACAAAUGGCUGAAGCUUCUCUAAGGUAAUUUUCAAUAGUUUCAGAAGUAAUGGGCACAGGAUCCCACAACAAUUUAUCAUCAUUUUCAUAAGGCAAAGCAUCCCCAUAAUGGGACAAGCCUUCAGGAAUAACCGCUUGAUAAUCUCCUCCAACCAUAAUUGUUUUCAUAAUCAUUGGAGCAGGUUCUUCAGCAGGAUGAGUCGAAUGCAACCUAUCCUCAUCCUCUUCAAUAACUUUGGAUCUCAGCAACCUUGAAGCAUCAGGAUACUUAUCAUCAUACCUUUUAGGCAGUUCAUUUUCUUGAUUUUCUGAUUCGUAGAAAAGCUUCGAAUAGUUUUGGCUGGACAUGUCUGAACUCGAACUUGAAUCUCCCAAUUCCUCAAAACCGAUACCGUCCUCAAAAUUUUUAGUGAGAUGGCUCACCGACGAUUUUGCUUUAAUGUAACCACUGCGUGAAUUGAUAGCUAUGGAUGUUCUAUAAACUUCCAUCUUAUGAUGACGGGGGCUGAUUUAAUACAGUGACAUUUUGGAAUGGAUUUCUUCAAAGCC